GUAAGGGGGAAACGCGAGGAACAAGGAGGGCGGCGGAUGGUGGCCGCACGAGGACAGAUCCAGCGAGAAGCGCAGCGAUGCAUCAUGUCCAAAAUGGUGGUCUUCCGUGUGGGACUUGGUGUGGUCCUGGGCGCAGCUGCAGGAAUAGGUCUCUUCUACUACUUCUACAAACAAAAGAGAAAAAAGCCCCAGCAAAGAGGGCGAUCCAAAUCACCAAACGUACAGAGUCAACAUAAUGCUCUGGACCCUAAAGAACACACACAAAUUCUACAGCCUUAUAAUCAGGUUCCACGGAUGAGACAAGCACCAGUGGAAGGUGGUGAUAGCAUCCCAUAUACAGCUCAUCUAACACAAGAAGAACAGGCUGAAGUGCUGAACCGUCUAGACUUUGUGCUCAAAAGCCUUAUAGAACUGCGACAUGAAGUGGAAGAGUUGCGGAAUAGCCUGCGGGGUUUAGCAGGAGAGAUUGUUGGAGAAGUCAGAACCCAACUAGAGGAAAGCCAGAAGAUUAUUCGGCGGAGGCGUGCUGUAUAUCCCAGAGAAAGGAGUGAUUCCACAGGUUCCAGCUCUAUAUAUUUCACAACCAGCUCUGGAGCUGCCUACACUACUGAUGGUGAAAGUGAGGGAGGCUAUACUACAGCCAAUGCAGAGUCUGAUUAUGAUCGCGAGUCUGAUAAAGAGAGCGAGGAAGGAGAAGAUGAAAGAAGUUGUGAGACUGUGAAAACGGCAAGGAGGGAUUCCUUAGACCUUGUCAACGAGGAUGAAACACUGACUUUGGACCCUGCUACAGACGAAGCACUUGGUCAGUUGCUCCAGCAAGCAGAUCGCUUGCACAGUGGGAGCGAACAGGAGAAGAGAGAAGGAUUCCAACAGCUGCUUAACAAUAAACUAGUGUAUGGUGACAAACAGGAUUUCCUUUGGCGCCUGGCCCGAGGUUAUAGUGAUAUGUAUGAAAUCACGGAGGAUGCAGAUGAGAAGUUAUCUUAUGCGUCUGAGGGAAAGGAUGAGGCAGAAACAGCUUUGCAGAUGGGAGAUCAAAGUGCUGAGUGUCACCAGUGGUAUGCCGUUUUAUGUGGCCAGGCGUCAGAACACGAAAGUAUACAAAAGCGCAUACAAGCAGGGCACAUUUUUAAGAAACAUGUGGACAAAGCAAUUGCUCUGAAACCAGAUGACCCCAAAUCUUACUAUCUCCUGGGCCGGUGGUGUUACCAGGUCUCUCAUCUGGGAUGGUUGGAAAGGAAAACUGCUGCCGCCUUGUAUGAAGAACCUCCCACAGCCACUGUUCAGGAUGCACUGCAGAAUUUCUUAAAGGCCGAAGACCUGAGUGCUGGUUUUUCAAAAGUGGGAAGAAUAUACAUUGCCAAGUGCUACAAGGAACUGGGAGAUAACUCGGCAGCUGCUCACUGGCUGAGUUUGGCUUCAGAGUUGCCAGUCAUCACAAAAGAGGACGCUGAAAGCAGUAGAGAGAUGGAAGAGAUGGAAGCAAAUUCAGAAGACUAAGCAAGUUGAAAGAUCCGUCUGCAUAAUAGUUGUGCAAAUGCAGUGAAAGUUCCAGUCUAAAAGGUUUCACAGUCAUUAUUAUCCUUGCUGGGCUUCAUCAACAUGACGCAGAAUGCAAAUGAAAAAUCAAACCGUGGUUUCAGCAGUCCUUUUUCAAAGAAUUAGGCUGGCAUGAUAGUCAAAGAAAAGUGAUUCAGCUCAUAUCCCUUGAUUGCUAAAUCAGUAUGCUUAAGUGUCCUCAAAACAGAAGUUACCAAGUUGAUUAUUU